AUGAGUUACAUCCACCCCUCAUGGAACUAUCCCGCCCAUUCGGGUCUACCGAUGGACCACACCAUGGCCUACGACCCGACCAUGAUGCCCCCGCCGAUGAUGCACCCCAUUGAUGGCUAUCUCUACCCGCAUCCGCCCAUGGAGAUGAUCGACUACUACCACCAGCCCAUCAUGGACUACGACGAAUACACCGAGAACCUGUCGCGGCCGCGUUUGACCAAAGAGCAGGUCGAGACCCUGGAAGCUCAAUUCCAGGCUCACCCCAAGCCCAGCAGCAACGUCAAGCGCCAAUUGGCGGCUCAGACCAACUUGAGUCUGCCGCGCGUUGCAAACUGGUUCCAAAAUCGACGGGCCAAAGCUAAACAACAGAAGCGCCAGGAGGAGUUCGAGAAGAUGCAAAAGGCCAAGAAUGAGGCCGAGGAGGCCGCGAGACGAAAAUCCGAGACCCUGGACCAGCUGUCCGAGUCUCGACCGUCGUCCUCCGCGCCCAAGGAGGAGCCCGAGAAAUCGGCCACCCCCGAACAAACGUCCGCCACUGCCGCUCCCGCUCCAGAGAAUAGCACACAAUCCGAGACCCCGUCCAAGGGGAAGCAUCACAAGACGAAGAGCGAGUCGGCCCGCGAGGCCACUUUCGCGUCCCUGCAGCGGGCGCUCAAUGCUGCCUGUGCGGCUCGCACUCGAUUCUCUCGCAAGGGUUCCCGCAGCGGCAAGCAGGAGCCCGCCGUGGAAGAGGAACCUAUCUCGCCUACUUCCAUGGCCCCGCCGGCCACUGCUCCCAGGCAACACGAGAAAAAGGGGCAGAGUGCCUACGGAUCUUCGUACCCAGAGUGGUCGGAUAUCAAGGAAGAACCCGCCUGGGAGUCUUCCCAUAGCCAGCCCGAGGCCACUUCCUUCCACUCUACCAGCCAGCCCAUCCCCGAGGUGCCCAGCUCCUCGCACUCCGUACAGCAAAAUGUGAACACCUACUCGGGAGCUCAAUUCCCCCCGGCCGAGGAAUGGGCCGAGACCCCCAAGGACCCCUUGUCCGCACACAAUAUGAGCUCUGACGCCGGUCUCGGAUAUCACAACAUGCAAUACCCGAUGCAGGCACCAGACAUCUCAGUAUCCCGACGGGAGUCGGCAGAUGCGCUGUCGACUUCUCUGAACGGCAUUGGGAUCUGUACGGCCGAGUCUCCGAACAUGCCCUCGCUGAACCGAGCCACUGGAGGAUCCUGGAAGGAGCCGGGUAAGGAGCUUGAUCUCGCCGCGAGACGUAAACGCCCUCGCCCUGCUGCCAUUGGCACUUCCAACGCGCGGUCCUUGGCCAAUUCCACGUCCAUGUCCUCUCUCUCGCCCACCAGCCGUAUUCCCAGCUCGGGUGCCGGAAGCUCGAUGAGGCAUUCCAAGUCCACUCAGAGUCUCAACUCCCGCUAUGCUGGUGUCCGGAAGGCAUCUGUUGCUCAACGCUCGCCGCUGAACUUCACAUUCGCCGAGUCGGGAUCCAUGAAGUCGAGCAAGGCGGAGAUGCUUCGGCCCUCCGUCUCAUCCACCACCUUGGCGCCGCCAACGCCCUUGACCCCCCAGGACUUCCAGCACUUCAUGCCGGCAUCGCCCACUGACAGCAACUACUGCAUGUCGGCGCACUCGACCACUCAGUUCUUCCCAACGUCUCAGCCGAUGCAGGUCAACAUCGCAUCUCCUCCUACCACUCCAUUGGACAUCUACUCUCCAUUCACAUACCAGAACGUCGCUCCACCCAUGUCGGCUCCGGCCCAGGUUGCCAAUUUCCCGGAGUACGUCACUUGUGAUCCCGUGCCUAUGUCCGCUCGGAGCUGGGCCGACACUGGCUCUCUGUCUUCGCCAGAAUUCCAGAAUGGCUUGCCCGUACAACAUUCCGCCACCGUCUCCCCGAUGGGGUACGAUGCGACUGUGGAUCACAGUGGCCAGGCUUUCGGAAUGGAGCCGGUGUCUGGCUCCCCGUCUCUGAUCUAUUCCAUCGAAGACGCCGAUCUAUCGGGCUCGGCGGACGAGAGGAAACAGGCUGAGUUCCGGAUGCACGACUUUGCGGAACAUCAGGACCCGCAUGGCUAUGCCGCGCACCCCAUGUCGGUUCACAAACCCAAGGCGUAUACGUUUGCGAAUAACACGACACCGACCAACUAUCCCUCGUGA